AUGGUUGCUAGCACUAUUCCUUUUAAAUACCUUGGGGUUCCUCUGUCCUUAAAAAAGCUAACAACUCAGCAAUGUAAGCCCCUAGUUAAUAAGAUCACUAGUAGAAUUGAAAGCUGGGCAGUUAGAUUUCUAUCUUAUGCUGGUAGAUUGAAAUUGAUUAAGAGUGUGCUUUUUGGAAUACAAACCUACUGGGCUCAGAUAUUUAUCCUGCCUAAAAAGAUUAUGAAAGAGAUUGAAAGUAGGUUUAAAGCUUUCUUAUGGACAGGGAAGGCCAACCCCACAAAGAAAUCUCUUGUUGCCUGGAAGACAAUCUGUUUCCUUAAAUCAUGUGGAGGCUGGAAUGUUAUUGAGCUGUGUGAUUGGAAUAUAGCUGCUAUUUGCAAGGUUCUUUGGGAUAUUACUCAUAAAGCUGACUCUUUAUGGGUGAAAUGGCUGCAUGUCUACUAUUUUAAGGCUAAGGACUUCUGGACAGCUGCAAUACCUCAAAAAGGAUCUUGGGUUCUCAGGAAACUCAUGAAAUAUAGAAGUUUGAUUAAAGAUUUAGGAGGCUGGAACUCAGUGACUGGCAAUAAUAAAGUUCAAAUCAAGAAAGUUUAUGCCAAGCUAAGACAGCAAGCUGAUAAAGUCCCUUGGAAGAGGAUUAUUUGUAACAAUAGUGCCUCUCUAAGAAGUGUUUUCAUGUUGUGGCUAGCAAACUGGAAUAGGCUGAUGACUAAGGAUAGAAUCCUUACUUGGAAUCAGGCCUGUGAUCCUAUCUGUUUUAUGUGUUUACAGGAAAAUGAAAGUGUUCAACAUCUUUUCUUUCUCUUUAAUUAUUCUAGCAGGAUCUGGGCAAAGGUUCUGAAGAUUCUCAACUGUUCAAAACCAGUUCAAGGGUUUAAACAGGAAGCAGACUGGGCUAUCAAGAGAAGUAGAAGAACUGAUUCUAUCAGUAGGCUGCAUUUUAUGUUUCUAGCUGAAGCAGUUCAUAGCAUUUGGCUUCAAAGAAAUAAUGUCUUGUUUAAUGGCUAUUGUGACCCUGCUCAUACUGUCUUCAAACAGCUGGUGUAUAGAGUUGCUUGCAGGUGUAGUAAUGAUGACAAAAAGAAGCUGUUCUGGAUUACUAAUGGUGGAGCUCUGUAG